GAUAGGUGUGGCUUUUCAAGUUUUCAGUUUACAUUUAUUAUUUAAAUAACCGAUAACAUUUCCCCCUGAUCAAUGUUACAAGUUCUGAAGUGCACAGCUUGCAUUUUAUGUUUUCUAGUCACUGUCUUGUAUAAAGAUCGAGUAAACUGUGUUCAUGUUUAGGGCGUCAGCCGUAUAGUGUAUCAAGUUAAAUAUUCAUCAUGUAUGGACGAAAAACUCCAUCGACCUACCGGUCUACGCCUUCAGUGUAUUCCCACUACACUACCAAAUCUUCAACAAAUCUCCGUUCUACAAAGUCCGUCCGAUCCCUGCGAGUGCCAUGGUAUCAGAAGCCGAUACUCCAUGGCCUUCUUCUGGACCUUCAAAGAGGUUCUUUGCUAGCAGCAUCUUUGUCUGUGUUCAUAGCCCUGUUCACAUUCGCACAAAGCAUCUUCGACUUGUAUUGCCUGGGCAUGGCUGCCCCGGGCUCCGUACACUACGGAUUCUAUGCCUUCAGUUUCCAGUUUGUCUAUGUUGGGAGUGUCCCCGUUCGCAACGUGUUGAUCAUAUUUUCGCUAUUCUCCUGGCUGGGUUCAGUGGCUGUGCUUGUCACUGGAAUCAUACUCAUCAUAGCACUUAGAAAGGAGCACGAAAAACGAAUAGCCCCCUGGCUGUACACUUGGGGCGUGUUCAUCCUGUUCCGUCUAGUGGCGUUCAUAUUUGCGUCCAUCGUUAACGACAUGAUAUUCUCGUAUAACGCGCUGAUGUGUGUGUGCUGGGUCGUGUUUGUGCUGGUUGGGUGCUACGGAUGGCUGCUAGUGUACAGUCUGUACCGGGAGCUGUGCGAUCUCACCAAACUGGAGGACUUGGCGCAUUUGAGGAUGGGUACCAUGGCUUCCCUCAAUGCGUCACUCGCCGGGUCUCGCCCCACCACCCCCCACAGUGCAGUCUCCACAAUGCCUGCUUCACAAAUCUGAUACACAGACACCUCUCGUCAUACUGACCAAAAAACCACCGAAAAAACUAGAACCUACGAUAAGACUGACCAGAAAAGUGGUCUAACACAUGAGCAGAAAAGUGGCCUAACGAUCAGUGACACACAAAAAACUGGUCUAACGAACAGUGAUAAGCAGAAAACUGGGCUAAGUUUGACAUUUACGGAUGAUACGUUGAAGGAUAUCACUGAGGAGAGUAGCGAUGAAGGCACGCCGUUGCCUGUUGAGAGGUAUGAGACUAUAGUGUAGUACCUCUUAUCAGACAAAAAAAAAUACAACCCCGUAUAGACAUAGACAGCUAAAGUCAGAAAUGAACGUACCUCGGAACCAUCAAGAAAAAAACCGGCCAAGAGCGUGUCGGACCACGCUCAGUGUAGGGUUCCGUAGUUUCCCGUAUUUUUUUCAAAACUGUUCAACCUAUCAAGUUCAAAAAAAUAAUUUUCUUAGAAAGUCUAUAUAAACGACUACUUUUGUGACUUUUUCAUAUUUUUUAAACUUAUGGUUCAAAAGUUAGAGGGGAACGCUAUUUUUAUUAACUUUGGGAGCGUUUAUUUCGAAAGUAAGUAUUAACAAUAUCAAAAAAUGAUUUUGGUAAACCUUUAUCCAUUUUUCAAUACCUAUCCAACAAUAUAUCACAAGUCACUCGUUAGGGUUGAAAUAAAAAAAAAAACACUUCCCCCUUAACGUGUGUGUGGGGGGGGGGGCUAAUAAAAGUUAAAAGAAGUUAAGAGUGAAACCAGUAUAAAUGACGUCAUGGCUAGGCUAGGAACUUUAGGUGUAUUUUGGUCAAUAUUACGACUUAAAAAAAGUCUGAUUAAGAUUUAUUUUUUAUUAUAAAAAGCCCUUAUUUGUUAUAAGACAUCCGUCCAAUGGUUUCUAACCAUUUAAGUACCUAGUAUAAGUAUAAAUGUACCAUAGAUAUAAGGAAAUACAUUUUAUGUAUGUGUAUGUAUAAAUUUGUAUUUAGUAUGUGCAUUGUAAUGGAUAUUGUGAAUCUCAUAUAGAAAUGUAAUUUUGCUAAGAUUUUUUAUACUUAUACAGUUUGAAUGUUUUAAAUGCUGAACUUCGGUCACACUAGGUCAUGUCGAAAUAUAGUAAAGCACAAUUUUUUUUUGGAAUUUAAAAUAAACACGCAUAA